AUGUCCGUGCCUCACUCGCGCACACGCACGCCGGGCCCUCCCACGUGUGGCCGAGCGGCAGGGGCCGGGCCCGGGCAGUCCCUACCCCAGCGCCGCUCGGGGGCAGGGGGCGGAGCGGGGACGAGGCGCACGAUGGCGGCGGCCGGGCUCGAGGCGGCGCUGCCCGCUCUGGCCCAGCAGCUGGGACUCGCCGCCCGAGCGGAGCGGCUCUCGGAGGCCUCGUCGGCCCCCGGCUGCCUGGAGACCGUGCGGCGGCUGACGGGCCUGUUCCGGGAGGCGCGGCCCAGAGAAAUGGCAGAAGAAAGUAUGUUCCAGAGUCUCCUGAAAAUCUUGACUAAAGCCUCAUGUGAAAUGGAAUUGGCCUGCAAGGAUUCCAUGGAACUGAUAACUCUAGACACAUGUCUGCUGCUUAUAGCAGAAUGUUUCAGAUGUCUACGGAAUGCCUGUGUUCGGUGUGCCAAGAAUCAAGAUGUUAUGAGGAGUUUGGGUCUGAUUGAAGUGUCUGUCCACUUGAUCCAGUUGCUUCAUGGAUUAGAAGUUGAACAGGAAUCGUUAUUGGCUGCUUUACGUUGUAGCCUCCAGUUUCUUGGAAACCUUGCAGCAGGAAAUGGAGAUUCCCAGAAUAGCAUUUGGAAGUGCGCUUUCCCAGAUCUUUUCUUGAAUUGCCUCAAUCACCAUGAUGAGAAAAUUAUUACCUAUUGCUGUAUGGUACUGUUCACCUGCCUUAAUUCAGAGAAAGUGGGAGAACUACUGAAGCAUAAGAACUUGAAUGUAGCUCUUGCUGUUGUAAAAGUCUAUAAAAAGCAACUGGAGUCUGAAUGGUCGUUCUUGAUUGUUACAGACCAUUUGCUGAAAUGUCCAGAGCUGGUAAAAGUCAUGUAUGCCAAACUGAGCAAUCAAGAAAGGAUUACUUUGUUAGAACUGAUAAUGGCCAAAAUAAGUGAGAAAAAUUCAAUGACCAGUGAGGAAAUGGCAGUGCUCUUGAAAGAUGCUGAAUUUCUUGCAAGCCUUUUCCAGGAGAAAUGUCAUGAUGUGCUCAAAUUAACUUCUGCUGCAAAUACGGAAGAUGAGGAAGCAAUAGUUACAAUUCGGCUUCUUGAUGUUCUUUGUGAAAUGACAUCGAACAAUGAACAACUGGAACAUCUGCAAACUUGUCCUGGUUUGCUUGAGACAGCUGUGGAUACUUUGCGGCUAACUCACCUGGCUGGGAAACAGACUGCAAAUAUCUUCACUGCCACACAUUCUAUGACAGGAGAGGGAGAAAUUUCACAUCCAGCUGUGGGUUUUAAAUCACACCUCAUUCGAUUGAUUGGAAAUUUGUGUUACAAGAAUAAGGAAAACCAAGACAAGGUUUAUCGAUUAGAUGGAAUUCCACUGAUCCUGGACAACUGCAGUAUUGAUGACAACAACCCUUUUGUGAAUCAGUGGGCCGUGUAUGCCAUCCGAAAUCUCACUGAGCAAAACGAAAGAAACCAAGAGGUUAUUGCACAGAUGGAGCAGCAGGGACUGGCAGACAAUUCCAUCCUCAAGAACAUGGGUUUGGAGAUUGAGAAACGAGAUGAGAAGCUAAUAUUGAAAUCUGUUCGAAAGAACCCAACUUCAUGA